AUGCCAGCGACCUCGAUCAAUGGCCGUGCGUGGCGACUGUCGUCCACUAAAGCUACAACAUGCGGCGAUUCUUCCUUUGUGUCUCUAGCUGAGUCGGCACAGCGUGAUCUGGUCGAGAUCCACGACGUUGCCAAAGCUGCAGAUCUCGAGCAACGAAUCGCCGAGUUGCAGGUUCAAGCUGCUGACCCCAAGCUCUGGGACGACGCCACGAACGCCACGUCGGUAUUGCAGCGUCUGGCUGAACUGGAGUCACAGCAGACUCGAGCACGUGAGCUGUACCGGCGGUUCUUGGAUACCAAGGAGCUCUACGGAAUGGCAGCAGAAGACAACGACGAGCUCAUGCUCACGGAGUGUACGCGUGCAAUGACUGCAGUGCAGGCGGAAGCGCAGCAGCUCCGACUUGGACUUGUGCUGUUGCAUGAACAUGACGAGCGCUCGUGUUUUCUCGAGAUCCAAGCGGGUGCUGGAGGUACUGACAGCUGUGACUGGACGGCCAUGUUGGGGAGGAUGUACGCGCGCUGGGGCAAUGCACGUGGGUUCCGCGUGCAGCACAUGGACGAGUCUGCGGGAGACGAAGCUGGUUUGCGGUCGCUGGUGAUGCGGAUGGAAGGUGCGUAUGCCUACGGCUGGGCCAAGAGUGAAGCUGGAGUACACCGUCUUGUGCGGAUCUCGCCCUUCGAUAGUGCCAGGAGGAGACACACGUCAUUUGCUCAAGUGCGCGUGUACCCUGUGGCUGCGGAAGGGGUCUCCGACAGCCAGGUUGAGAUAUCUGCCAAGGAUUUACGGAUCGACACGUUUCGAUCGUCAGGGCCUGGUGGGCAACAUGUGAACUCGACGGACAGUGCGAUCCGAAUCACGCAUUUGCCCACGGGCAUGGUAGUGCAGAGCCAAUCCGACCGAUCACAGCAUCGCAACAAGGCUGAAGCGCUGGCCAUGCUUCGAGCAAAGCUCUACCAGCGAAAACUUGACGAAAAAACUCGAGCCAGGCAUCAAGUCACUCAGGGUCUUGGCGACAACGGUUUUAGCAACCAGAUCCGGUCGUACGUGCUGCAUCCGUACCAGCUCGUGAAGGACCAUCGUACAAACUACUCAGAAGGUAACACGGCCCGAGUGCUUGAUGGUGACAUUGAUCGUUUCAUCGAGAAGAUGCUACUUCACAAAGCAGUGUCCAAUGGUCAUACCGAGACACGGUCGAGUUAA